AUUUGAGAUUCAGGACAUUCGACGACUCGUGCUUUAUUAAAACAUUAAAUUCGAAAUUUAUAAUACAAAUCCGCUAAGAUACAUUGUAGGCUCUAUAUGCUGUCUGGAUUGUCAGGUCUUAAAAACACCUAGAAAACGAUAAGUCUUAGUUUAAGAUUUCAUCAAAAACGCAUUCAACUUGCCGGCAAUGAGCGAUCCAAGUUAACCUUGGGUAGGAACAGGCGGCAUACCAUAAAGAUGAUGCUUAUUCCUAUAGUGAUUGUAUUUACCGACCACCGAAAGAUUUUCAGGUAAUCUACCAUUGUUUUUCCUUUUUAUUGAUUGCUAUACGAAAUUAAAAGUUUUCUUUCGAUCUCAAUAUGCUAGCAUUCUCUAGGCUCUGUUGAUUUUCCAUUCUGUUUUACAAAAGUGUAUAAAGUGCGAAAAUAUAUCGAUUGGAAUGUCAAAUAUAGGAAUGGAAAUCGAGCUCUAUUUUAUUCAUUGAAUUCUCUUGGCGAUCCAAGUAGGCUAUUAAAUUUUGAAAAACUUUCAUGCAUUGCUUUACCUUUCAAUAUUCAUUUUCGCCAUUUCACACUCGGGAAACGUGUUGAAAAGACUUUCUAAAUAAAAAAAAAAUUAAUUAAUUAAAUCUACAAUCGAAAUUGAAUUUUUUUUUUUUUUUUUCUUUCGUGCAAGAAUCGCGAAUAGAGCUUUGUUUAGAAAUAUCGAUUUGAAUCGAGUUUGCAUUGGUUAAUCAUGUCGCACUACGCGCCGUUCAUCAAGCCCUACAUCGAGUACAAUCAGUUCGGCUGGGGGCCCUGCGAUGUGUCGGAUAUGGAGGUGCCGUAUCAGCCCUUCUGCAAGAGCGACCGCCUGGGCAAGAUCAGCGACUGGAUGCUGCCGGUGCAGGACAAGAAGUACACUAACAAGUACGCCUCGACCUUUGGCAGCAACAACAGCCAGUACGCCUACUUCCACGAGGACGACGACGCCACCUUUCACCUGGUGGAUGGGGGCAAUCCGCGCGCCCUGAAGCCCUAUCAGCGCAAUCGCUAUCGCCCCAAUCAGCGCAACAAUGUGCGGCUCCAUGGCCGGUAUGUGCGUGGCAAUGCGAUGAUUGGUGUGGGUCAGGGUGGUAUCGGUGGCUCUGGUGGUGCUGGUGCGGGCAACAAAUACGGCAAGGGGCGCGACAUGCGGCGUGGCUAUGCGGGUCGCCGCUUCAUGCGCAACGCCCCGGUGCGUCUGCGCGAGAGCUCCGUGCUUGUGCGUUCCGACUGGGUCUCGAUAGAGGAGAUCGACUUCCCUCGACUGCUCAAGCUCUCGCUGCCCAACAUUAAGGAUGGCAUCGACAUCGUCACCUGCGGCGCCCUGGAGUACUACGACAAGCAGUGCGACCGCAUCAACGUUAAGAACGAGCGGCCGCUGCAGAAGGUCGAUCGCAUCAUCAAUGUGCCGGGCACCAUAGACGACCCGGUCAUCCGGCGCCUGUCCAAGACGAUGGGCAACGUGUUCGCCACGGAUGACAUCAUCGCCACGCUGAUGUGCUGCACGCGCUCCAACUACUCCUGGGACAUUGUCAUCGAGAAGCUGGGCACUAAGGUCUUUCUGGACAAGCGCGACAAUGCGCAGUUCGAUCUGCUGACGGUGAACGAGACGGCCCUGGAGCCGCCGCAGGAUAGCGAGGGCUCCAUCAAUUCGCCGCAGAGCCUCUCCCUGGAGGCCACACUCAUCAAUCACAACUUCAGCCAGCAGGUGCUCAAGAUUGGCGACCAGGAGCCGAAGCACAAGUUCGAGGAGCCAAACCCCUUCGAGGAGCCCGGCGUGGAGCUAGCCUCCGUCGCCUAUCGCUACAAGCAAUGGCAGCUGGGCGACGAUGUCGUCCUCAUUGCUCGCUGCAAACACAACGGCGUCAUCAAGUCGCCCAGUGGCGAGCUACAGUUCGUCUCCAUCAAGGCGCUCAACGAGUGGGACUCGAAGGCGGCCAACAGUGUCGAGUGGCGCCAAAAGCUGGACAGCCAGCGCGGAGCCGUGCUCGCCUCGGAGCUCCGCAACAAUGCCUGCAAGCUGGCCAAGUGGACCGUGGAGGCGGUUCUCGCCGGCUCCGAUCAGCUCAAGCUGGGCUAUGUCUCGCGCGUCAAUCGCAACGAUCAUCUGCGCCACGUUAUUCUGGGCCUACAGCAGUUCAAGCCUCAGGAAUUCGCCACACAAAUCAAUCUGAAUAUGGACAAUGCUUGGGGCGUGCUGCGCUGCCUGGUCGACAUUGUGCUCAAGCAGCCGGAUGGCAAAUAUUUGAUCAUGAAGGAUCCCAACAAGCCCAUGAUACGCCUGUACGACAUACCCGAAAAUGCAUUCGACUCGGACGGCAACGAGGAUGAGGAGACUAGCGAGGACAGACCUUUCCUAAAGUCCAUGGCCAAUUAAAUUUACGAUUUGUUUCAAUUUUGCAUACACAUGCAUAUAUUUGUAUUGUAUAAAUAGCUUUUCGCUUGAAAAAUAAAUCAAUGUUAGG